UGUCUAGCUCCACAGAUAAAAAAAUAUAUUUACGUUUGAAGCAUACCGUGUGAACUUUGAGGACGUUGAUUGAACACUGCAAUGCAAAUUACAAUAACAUAAGUGUUUAAAUUAGACAUAGUGCCAAGAACAUGACCGAUACCGUCGUCUUUCAUGCUCAGCUAGCCUCCAUCAUUGAGGUUUUGGCGAAUGCAGCCGUUGCCGAAAUCUGUAAACUUGUAGAUGACGGACAUGCUGCCUUACGUUUGGAAAUUUCCCAUAGCCAGAAAGAAAUCUAUAACCUGCGGAGGAAGCUGCUUUUGACAAAAUAUCAGAGUUCUCAACAGGGCACAGAGAAAUUCGGAGCCCUGCGACGCACAGUUCACUGGCGCGACACCAAUCGUGUUGCCCGAGCAAGAGGGAGCUUAGUAGGAAAGUCAUCAGACAGACUUAGAUAUUGUAGUUUUUUAAAACCAUAUUUCAAAACGUUAAAAAUAAUGGUCAUGUAGAAUAUAUUCGAUAUUGUAGUUAAAAACAAACAUAUUUCAGCACUUUCAAAAUAAUGGGUCAUGUAGAAUAUGUAACGUUUAUAAGGGUUUGUGUUUUCUGGUGCAGUGGAGAAUUGUUUUGCCGACAGUGAAAGGGGCAACUUAACGCAGGAUGUCACCAACUGGAGAGACUCAGGACGCACAGCAACAGACCAGGAUGGGAGCAUGCAGAUGGCAGAUAUGCAGGAGGCACCUCUUAUCAAAAUGGAGAACCUUGACACCAGUAGAACGGAAGAGAUUGUCCAACCAGUCAGUGAGAGCAGUGAGAAGAUUGUGCCAGAACCAGGUUCUUCAUCAUCUACUGAACCCACAGACCUUCUGGACCAGCAGGGCAACAGACACAGAGCUCCAGACACCUCACUCAAUAUAGAACCUGAAAACCAGACGUUCCAGCAUCCAGUGUCACAAUACAACAGAGCAAGACAGGACCACCAGGUUGCUGAGGGUGUGACCUGGGAAACUGACCAUCAACCUAUAGAAUACAGCCUGUCCCAAUGGACAGAGAACCAAGAGACUGACAACCCAACUGUGAAUGCUCCUCACAAUGCAGGGCCAGACUCCAAGAGGCUGUCUGGACAUCCAGAGAGGAGAGGGGCGCCUGGUAACUCAGGGGUCUACAUGUCUGCUUCAGGCUCUCUGGACUGGCUGCCUGAUGUGGUGAUGGUGGACUCAGUUCCCAUUAAAGUGGAGGCAGAUAUGAGUUCAGAAUGGAGCAUAACUGGCCAAGAGGUGACAUCUGGAGACAUCUGUUCAGAUGGCAGACAGCUUGUGGACAACAGAGGAAGAGGGGGAAUGGAGUCUGGACAGACAAAGUGUUCCCCUGACACUCAACAUGCAGAACAAGGGACAACUGUAGGAUCAAGGUCCAAGAUGUCAGAUUUCAACAGACUGUCCUCCCCAAACAGCUUUUCAUCCCCAAGGGUUACUCUCCUCCAGGUUCCCCAAAGAGGGAAGCCAGCCCCCUUCAUGAAUUUCAACAUAAGCACCACUUCUUCAUCGAAAGGCAUAGAAAAGCAGCCACAACAGCUGACGUCUCUCUCGCCCAAGAGUCAGCUUCGGUGCAGCCUCUGUGGAAAGCCCUUCCCCCAGCCGGCGCACCUGCGGAGGCACAUGCGGGUCCAUACGGGGGAGAAACCGUACGGCUGCAGCCACUGCACCAAGCGCUUCUCCCACAGCCACCAGCUGAAGAUGCAUGAGAGGGUGCACACCGGAGAGAAACCAUUUCAUUGCAUCUACUGUGGGAAGUGCUUCACCCAGUCUGGCCACAUGAAGAAGCACCUCCUCGUCCACACUGGUGGCAGGCCACAGGACCUUGUGCUGCCCUGAGUGUUCCAGGGUGAAGUUCCCGACUCGAUACAGAUCUAGGAUCAGCUUCCUCUCUCCCAAUCCUAACCUUUACCACUUAUGGAAAAAAAUGCUAAACUUACCCAACAUCAGCAUCUAGGGGCAACUUCACACUUCUCCACCCGGCGUAAUGAUAUGCAGUGCCAGAAGUUUUUCCUCGCCACGUGACAAGACCAAGGAAAAGCUCCUGGGUCUAGUUGUAAGGGGAAUGGCUCCACACUACUGGGGUUUUCAUAUGAACACUGGGUCCAUGUGUUUUUAACAGUUUGCAUAGAUACCACAUUGAACACGACCCUCUGUGUGUAGUGGUUGUGUUUUCAGCUCAACUAGCUUAAUGCUUGGUCCAGAGUGGAUUGAUAAUGUAUAAGUUAUUACAGGUGAAGAUUUUAGACAUCCUCAUGAAUUUGUAUUGGUGCAGUGGUGAACCAAAGAACAGCAUUUAAGAAUUCAGGAAGCUCUGGAUAGGUGCCUGGGUGAGCAAAGCCUGUUGGUGGUUGAGAGGUCGUUGCUCGCUCUUCUCUUACCUGAACGCAGGAAAGAGGAGGAAGGUUCAGGGAAGAGGAGGAAGGUUCAGGGAAGAGGAGGAAGGUUCAGGGAAGAGGAGGAAGGUUCAGAGAAGAGCGCAACGGUGACCUCUUUUCUGGACAUCGACAUGGCAGAAGAGCAAAGCGACAGUUUCACGGACACCAACACAGUCCUGGCACUGUAAAUGGACAUGGUGACCUCGCUGGUGCAAGUAGAGAGAGUGCUGACUGGAAUGGUAGGCUGUCAGUGGUUGGGUUUAUAGAACUAUCUUCAUACCCAUUUACCUUCUUCAUCAUAUUCAGCCUCGGAAACCAUAUGCUGAGUCCCAGAAUUGGAAUGAAUUGAAUUUCAACCCAAUCAGUUCAAUCCGAGUUCUCUCUGGUGUAUUCCUUUCCAUUCGGACUGUUUUGAGCAGGUUUGACAGGUGAGGAUGUGCAUCAUCACUGUAGACCUGGGGUCUUCAACCUUUCCUUGCCCAGGGAUCCCCGCCCAGGCAAACCGGCCAACCAGGGAUCCUCAUCAUAUGUUAGCAAGACAUUUAUCCCAUGUCUUAUCAUCAGGAGAAUGGCAGGGAGAAGUUAUCAACAUUUUAAAAUAAAUAUCAUUUAAAAAUAAUUUUGACCUUGCCACAUUAUAAUUGGAAGAGGAACUCUAACAUAGCCUAUAAGCUAGAACGGUAACUCCCAACACAUUUUCACUAAGAGCUGCUGUUUAGCUGGUUAAACAAAUGUUAGCCGUGUUUUGGCAAAAAUGAAGUCAAGAAAGCUUACCAGCAGCACUUGCCUCACUGUUGGCCUUUUGACUGGGGGAUGACUGACUGGGG